AUACUCUUCCUGCUUGGUUUAAGUUGGUUAUUGCUGGAUAUCUUACUGCUUCUAGUGUGUCUCAGGAAACCUCAUACUUAUAUACCCGCACAUUAAUCUCAUGGCAUACAGUAUAAAAGAGUGCAGAGUUGUUCUGCACCAGCUCUCAGAUGCUGCAGUCAAGAGUGGCUGGUGCCCUGAGCAGAGCCUCAUUCAAGCAGCGACUGACGUGUGCAAACUCGAGCCUGAAGCAAUGGAGGGCAGCAGCUCAUCCCUACCCUCCAUCAUGACAGUUUACAUCAAAGAGGAGCCUGAAGAUGAGGGAGAGGACAUAACUGUGAAGGAUGAACCACUUUGCAGUGAAGAAUAUGAGCAAACUCCACUUCCCUCAUCUUGCAAGCCAUGCAAGAAAGAGGUUCAAGUUGAGGCUCACGAGGCCUGCACCAGCGCCUCACAGUACACUGCUGCAGUGCCUCAUAAGCAGGAUGUCUUGCCUUGCAAUGCCCAGAGCAACAUUGGACAGGAUGAGUGGAUGGCAGUUUCUCCUGAAAACAUUGAAAAAGAUAUUUCUGUUGCUGAGAAAAAUAUUUCUCCAGUGUCCAAUCAAGCAGCUUUAGUCCAGGAAGUUCUCUUUGAUCAGCCUGUGGCCUAGUUCAAGUCUUUUGAGUCAAACUUGUCCAACAAAGACAAUGGAAGAUUAGCAGAGUUAUUGCAUGAAGUUUCCUCAUCAACUGAUUCAUCCCAUUCUAAAGUUCCUUUUAAUGACCUCCAGUUAAACAAAAAUGAUUUUGGAUCUAAAUUUAAAUGCACGUUAUGCAACUAUGUAACAGCUAAAAAACAAAAUCUCCAUAGUCACUUGUUUGCAAAACAUGGUUUGGGGGAAGGAUUCAAAUGUAAGUUGUGUGAUUAUGCUGCUGGUAGUAAAGUUCAUCUCAGCAAGCACGUUUUUUCGAAGCAUGGUUUGGGAGGCUUAAAAUGCAAGCUCUGUGAUUAUUCUGUAUGUGAUAAAUCUCGUUUAAAUGAGCACAUGUUUUCUAAGCAUGGCAUGGGUAAAGGAUUUCAAUGCAGGUGGUGUGAUUAUGUCAACUGCAGAAAAGAUCGCCUUGAUAGCCACAUGUUUUCUAAACAUGGUUUAGGGAAGGGAUUCCCAUGUGAGUUUUGUGAUUAUGUCACUGGUAAGAAAUGGUCUCUAACAAAGCACCUGAAAUCCAAACAUGUUCUGGAUUAUGAAAAAACUAUUAGUACAAGUAGUGCUACUAUGUCUGCUGACAACCCAACCUAAGCUUUGUUGAGGGGGUUUGGUUGAAUUCUGUUUGUGUGUAUAGGUUGCAGCUGGUAAAUAUCAGAUAAAAUGUGUACUGAUUUAUAGCAGUUGUUUGGUUAAAGUAUUCCAUAUUGAGUUUUCAUGCCACAAUCAAAAUUUGAAUGAGACUUGCAAACUAUGCACCUUCCAUGUCAAGAAAUCAAGGUCUUGAUGCUCUGUAAUCUGGUCGGCCUUCUCAUUUUGUGCCAGAAUUUUUAAUUUUAAAUAGAAUCUUAUUUAGAUGAGAUAAUGUGAGUGAAGCAGAUCAAUUAUUCUGCUCUUAUAAUCGGUACGUAGUUCAAUACAUUGAAAUUUUCAAGAUUAUUGGAAUCAAGUACUUAGUCUUUUCAUUACUCAGUUGGGGGAAGGGCCUUUCCAAUAAUAAACUUCUUAGUGGCAACAAUAGUAGCGUCCACUUGUAGGCUACUUAUUUAAAGUUGCUAGAUUGAAAUAACAUUUACCAGGUUGAAUUUAGUUGAGGUUUGUGAUAAUGAUUUCUCAAUGUGAAUUUUAGGAUUACAUAUUUAACUUUGAAUUUAAGUUACCCAAUCUUCAGCUAGAGAUAACACCUACUCCUGGAGUUGGAAGAUAAUAUGUCUAAGAUAUUGUACUGAUGAUAAAAUACAUGAGAUUUCAUCUCAUAAUAAUAUGCAUUCAAAAAUUACUUUU